AUGGCACCUCCAAGACCAGAGAGUGUAAAGAAAGCAAAGGAAGUACUUGGUGACUUUAAUCCAUCGGAGGAUAAGUUGAAAAAGACAUUGGGUAUCGGAGAUGAAGAGUUGAAACAGGUACAUGAGCUCAGAAGUGAGCAACAUCAUCAACAGAUGGCAAAGGAGAGAAUCCCUAUCAACAAAAGAGAGACAAGGAAGGCUCAGUCAACACUGGGUUUGAACCUGUCCAAAGAGAAGCUCAUGGAUGUAUUGGGCGUGGACGAGGAUACUAUAACAGAAGCAGAGAAUGAAGAGAAGGAAUUGAAGGAACUGAGGAUAAGGAGAUUGAGAGAGAAUAUUAUAUUGUCAAAUAAGAAGGCGUUGAGGAAGGCAUUUACAUUGUUGGGAUUCAAUCCGUCAUCGUCCAAGAUGAUGAGGACACUGGGCGUAUCAGAGGCUGAUCUGGCCAAGGAUGUCAGUGCAAUUCAACAACAACAUCAACAGCUACAGAACCUAGUGUUGUCAGCCGAGAUAACACUAUUCUUGGUCAUCCUUUAUAUAGUCCUAUGGUACUUCAAAUAUGUAUAG